AGGGGGAGGAGAGAGGGGGAAGAUCCGGAAGAGCGGUGGACGGGGUCGCGCUUUGCUCAGCUGUUGUUGUCCGGACUGCUCUGUCUCGGGGACGCGCAAAGGGUAAAAAGGGCGUCGGGAGCGCGCAGGGUUGUGCUGCGCAGAGCCGGAGCGGCGGUGGCCCCAGGAUGGAGGAAGAUAUACUGACCACCCUGAAGAUCCUGAUCAUCGGGGAAAGCGGGGUGGGCAAGUCCAGCCUUCUGUUAAGGUUUACAGAUGACACAUUUGACCCAGAACUUGCUGCUACCAUUGGUGUUGACUUCAAGGUGAAAACCAUUUCUGUUGACGGUAACAAGGCGAAACUGGCUAUAUGGGACACUGCCGGACAGGAACGAUUCAGAACGCUAACUCCCAGCUAUUACAGAGGUGCACAAGGUGUUAUAUUGGUAUAUGAUGUCUCGAGAAGAGACACCUUUGUAAAGCUGGACAACUGGUUAAAUGAGCUGGAGACGUAUUGCACAAGAAAUGACAUAGUAAAAAUGCUGGUUGGGAACAAAAUAGAUAAGGAUAACAGAGAAGUCGACAGAAACGAGGGUCUCAAAUUUGCAAGAAAACACUCUAUGUUGUUCAUAGAGGCCAGUGCUAAGACCAGAGACGGAGUUCAGUGUGCCUUCGAAGAACUUGUGGAAAAGAUAAUACAGACCCCCGGACUAUGGGAAAGCGAAUCCCACAACAGAGGCGUUAGAUUGUCCAAUGAAGAAGUCGGCAGAGGAACGUGUGGCGGCUACUGCUCCAUGCUGUAAAAUAGUUGUUGUCCCAUCUUCCGCCUAUAGUCACACCAGUUUUCCUGUAUAUAAAAUCAUUUACAGUUAAUAUAGGGACCUUACCAGUUUGCACAUAUCUGUUUGUAUCAUGAGGCGAAUUAUUUGUAGAAUACCAUUCGGCAGAUUUGCAGUCAGAAAAAAAAAAAAAGUUAAGCGCAUGAAACUUGUGACUUUUUACCAGCGGCAUGAACGAAAGCGCGUAAGCAACUGCAUUAACUACAAUGCCACCUGUUCAUGUUGUACUUUUUAACUUUCUUACCUUGCAACAUAUUACUAUUCUAUGUAGCCAAGUCUUAUUUGCCCUCCUCCCUGAUCUCUUUAGUUUGCUCCCGCCUGUACAGUUGUGUCUUCUGUUAAAAAUCUUUGCGGGUUACACAAUCCCGGCGCUGACCUUGUUGAAGACGACCCCUCGCUUGUCUCCGGAUGCACUCCAAAGCAUGUUCGAGCAGAUGUCUUUUUAUCACUUUGACAGCAAAUUUGCAAUUUCCUCUGGUUCCGUAGGUAAUAACCAGCGGCAUAUGGUGUUUAUGUUUUGUAAGUCGCGUACCAAAUCCCUAAUGAAGUCAUCGCUUCUCCAUACGUCUCCUUAAUAUAGGUUUAUAGUCUAUGGAGGGGGUCAUCUCGCUAUGUUCUUAUAACCAGAAGCUGAAUGUUGCCUUCCCAGUGCAUGUUGUGACUACAGUUUUAUUUUUCCGCUGUGUGUGAUUCACAAUCUAUUACACUGAAUGUAGAAGCAAAAAAUAUAAA